AUGAAAAGAUUUACUGGAAAAGUUGCUUUUGUCACUGGUGGUGCAUCAGGAUUAGGCAAAGCUAUUGCUGAACGUCUUUCAGAUGAAGCUGCAUUUGUGGCAAUAGCUGAUAUAAAUGAAAUAGACGGACAAUCAAUAGCUGAUGCUAUUAAUGGAAUUUUUAUUAAAAUGGAUGUAUCCAAACCAGAAUCAGUUAAAGUUGCCAUUGAAAGUGUUGUUAAUUCUUGGCAUGAAAUUAUUGAUGUCAAUUUAAAUGGAGCGUUCUACGUACUAAAAUAUGGUUUAAACCACCUUGUUAAACAACAAAAGCAAUCAGGUGGUGGAGUUAUUAUUAAUACCACAUCUGUAGCGGGUAUUAAGCCAGCAAUGGUUCCACCAUAUAAUUGUUCAAAAGCUGCAUUAAUUAGUUUAACAAAAGAAGCGGCUAGAGAAUAUGAAUUGUUAGAAUUAAAGAUAUUUUUUACUGGUGAACCAAAAGAAAUAAGAUCGUUUGUGAAUGAGUCAUUUAUAACAGAUGUGAAAGUGACACCUGCUGUAGUAGAAUUUGGUGAUGACAGACCAACUAUAGAAUUAGAAACAACAUGGUCUGUUAACUUUUCAACAAGUGGAAUUACGUCGCUAUCAAUAAGGUCAGCCGUAUCAUCUUUUCGAUCCACAACUGUACCAUCUAUAUCAGCCGCUGGUGUUGAAAAAUCAUCCUCGUCAUCAACGUUAUUUUGA